CCUUACCAAUGCUGGGUGCUGGCCCUUCACAGGCAGCUCAUGCCGAUGCCGGCUGCACCUGCACAACAUGCCACAUCGUGAAGCGGCGGCCGCAUAAAAAGUCGCGCGCUGGCUGUGAGAUGUGCAAGAAGCGGAGGAUAAAGUGUGACGAAGUCAAGCCCAAGUGCGGGCAGUGCUCAAAAGCCCUGCACAACUGCAGCUUCCAGCCAUCAACACCAAGCUCAGACCUGAACCCCCCAGCUAUUACACGUACCUCUCAUGAUGCCCUCAGCCGUAUAUAUCCUUACCAGAACUCAAAGACCAACGAGUUUCGAAAUGAUCCGCUCAAAGAUGGUCACUAUGUUCGACAUGAUCGGCGCCUCUGUGCCACGGCAGCUUCUUCAUCAUCCGGCAUCCCGAGCCACACUCCCUCACCAUGCAGCAACACAUCAGCCGCCACAGACUCCCUACCUCCAAGAGCCAUUUCAAAUCCCCUCAGACCAUGGAUUUGGAACGUAGAUGAUAUUGCCCUAAUGCACCAUUUCCUCACCUGCCCGGCUCUGGAUCACGGCGACGCAACCCUCUGGCGUCAAAAGGUGCCCCUCCUCGCCUUCCAAAACCAUUCUGUGCUUCAUCUCCUCCUCGCUAUUUCUGCAUUCCAUCUAGCUACCAUUAAGCUAGACGAGCGCAUGAGGUAUCAAGGGCUGGCAGACCAACACUACGAGACCGGUCUGCGCCAGACCAUGGAACUCAUGCCCCGCCUCGGCCGCGACACUGCUGGCGUCCUCUACAUCGCCACCACCCUCGUCUGCUCCUGUAGCUUCGCCCGCGGUCCCGCACCGGGAAAUCUGCUCAUUGUCUCAGACGGCGUUGAAGUGGUCUGGUUCGAGCUGCUCAGGGGGGUCAGGCUCGUCAUCGAGACAGUCGGCUUUGAGGCCAUCUUCUCAGGCAUCCUCGCUCCCAUGCCUACAGGAGAGAAGCCCCCACUAGAGAAGAACCCGUCAGGCCAGGCGUCAGAAUUGCGUUCAAGCCGAUCACCGUCGAGACCCGUGAUGUGGGAGGCUGCUCUCGGGCGCAUCGCACAGCUCAUUGCCGACCCUGCAGAUUCGGACGAGGCAGCUUAUAGAAAGAUGAUGGAGUACCUAUCGCUCGCCUUCCGAGAAACCUUUGGAACAUCCGCUGAGCCCAUCACCGCUUCUGAGGGCAAGAUGGAGGUGAUUAUGGCUUGCAUCUACCGCACCGACGAUGACUUUGUUUGGUGUCUGAAGAAGAAAAGGACUGUCGCGCUACUUGUGCUGGGUCACUUUGCCGUGCUUGUCAAGACGCUUGAAUGGCUGUGGUACAUGCGCGGCUGGGCUGAUCACAUUUUACGAGGCGUGGCGUCGAAUCUAGAUGCUGCGUACUUAGAUUUUCUGCAGUGGCCAAGGGAAGAGAUUGAAAGACUUGACUCCAUUGCAGCCAAUAAGAAUAGUCAUUCUUGACAUUCACUAUCAGUUCUUCUACUCGUGUACACCAGAUUGUGUCAAUAGUUCGGUUGGAUUUGUCCGGUUGGAUUUGAGAGGAAGUCACUACAAGAAGGGGCAGUUAUGACUCUACUAUACCCUAUCUAUAGUGAGCACACGAG